CGCACUUGUUACAUAUCGAUGACAAUAACGUUAUUACGAUGGUUGAAAAGGCUCAAUCAUCAUCGAGUCAUAUAACCGAUUCAGAUGACUAUAUAAUGAAUCUAUAAUUAUGGCAGUCCAAUCAAGACCGGGAUUAUAUGAUCACAGAAUUCCUGUAAAAGAAAGGACACAUUUAAAAAAGCAAAGUCUAUGGAACGAAAUACUCAACAUUGUAGGAGGAAAAGAUGUAGAGAAUGUGCAAAAAAGAUGGAAGCAACUUUGUGAUUGUUACAUAAAGUCAAAGCGGAAGAUUAAAGAAUAUUUGCCAAGCGGAUCGGCUGUGCGUAGCACAAAAAAUGCAAAAUCAACAUUUCGUUUAUAUGAACAAAUGAAGUUCCUUGAUGAUGUUCUGGAUAAAUCAGUAACUGUCAGUAGUUUGCCAGAGAAUACAAGCGAUAUUGCUGAAAAAAUUGAGUUGGCAACUGCAAAUCCUAUACUGAUGACGGUACCUCAACCGUCAACUUCUACUGACAGUCAGUAGUCGCCAAUUAGUGACUCUUUAUCCUUGUCAAGCUACCAACGACGGGCAUCAAAAAAAUCGAGAAAUGAUGAUAACAGCAGUGAUAUAAGAGCAGCAAUUUGCUCAGCCCUUGAAAGUGAGUCUACAAGAAAGGAUGCAGUGGAUGGAUUCCUGCUUCAAAUAGGAGAUCGUCUACGAGUCCUCCCAAUACGAGAGACAUCAAUUUGAGAUACAAACUACAUGCUUGCCAUCAA